AUGCAGCAGAUGAACAAGUGGCAUGAGCUGGAGGACGAUGCCUCGCGGGCCACCAUCAUCGUGCAGAAGCUGACCAGCCACAAGGAGGAGCUGCGGGAGAGCCUGCCGCGCGGCACGGAGCCCAUGCCGCGCAGCGAGCUGCACUACUGCAACGGCCUGGCGUUCACGUUUGUGCGGAAGCUGGGCGCCGGCAUCAGCUUCGAGGCGGGCCACGGCUUUGUGAUCCGAAAGAUAUACACCGGCGAGCGCCAGGGGCGCCCCACCUGGACUUGGUCCGCCCCGCUCUUCCUCACAGUCACCGCCGCGGGGCUGGGCCUGACGCUGGGGUACACAGAGAUAGACUCCAUCAUUGUACUGGACACCCCCGAGGCGGUACAGUCCUUCACCAAGAGCCAGUGGGCAGUGGACACAGACCUCACGGGCGCGGCGGGCGGCGCGGUGGGCGCGCACCUGCCCGCGACCGCCGCCAACAUGAGCAACAUGAGGGUGAGCGACAAGACCUUCACCUACUCCAUCACCAAAGGAGUCAUCCUGGAUGUGUCGAUGACGGGUCUCAACUAUGCUACUGACCCCGCCAUGAACCGGGGCUUCUACGGCGGCAACGCCUCGCCCCAGUCCAUCCUGGAUGGCGCCACGGAGCCGCCGGAGCCGAUGCAGGAGCUGUAUGCUGUGUUGGACAAGGUGCUGAACGAGUACUAUGACUCUGUGGAGGGGCAGGCAGAGCUGCAGACGCAGAUGCAGACACAGGUGGAGUAUGCCAGCGUCGGGCAGGUCAGCAUAGACGUGGCGGGGCCGGCGUCGGCGUCGGCGCCACGGGCGGAGUAUGCCAGCGUCGGGCAGGUCAGCAUAGACGUGGCGGGGCCGGCGUCGGCGGCGGCGCCACGGGCGGCGGCCGUGCCGGCGGCGGCGGCUGGCGGCGGCGGGGAGCCGCGUGCGGCGGUGGCGGACGAGGGCGGCGAGAUCUCGCCCGCGCAGGAGCAGCCGGAGCCGGCGGCAGCUGGCGAUGUGGUGCCUGCUGGCGGCGCGCCUGAGAAGGAAGAGAAGGAAGACAAAGCCGAUUGA